AUGCCUAAGGUGUAUCCAGCAACGUCGGAGGUGAGGAGUCGACGCGCCUUGUUGAGCAGGGAGGGUAAAGUUGCUCUUCAGGUUAUCUGCAAGGUCCCAGUGGCGGACGAGGGGUUUGUGGACUAUGCUGUGGAGAUUGCGAGAGAAGGGUUCAAGGUUUGGUCGAGGAUGUCGGGAAAUGAGAGAGGAAGAAUCCUUGCAAACGCUGGCAAGAUGCUGCUGGACGCCCACCCUGAGCUUGCGCGACUGGAAGUGCUCGACACCGGAAAACCAUUGAGCGAGUCGGGGGGGGUAGGAGCCGAUUCAGUUCAAUUCUUCUCCGGGCUUGCCUCGACCGUCUGCGUUUCUGGAUCAUAUAUCCCCCUCGGUUCAAAGGCGUUUGGGUACACGCGGAGAGAGCCCCUGGGUGUCUGCGUUGGCAUCGGUGCAUGGAAUUAUCCCAACCAGAUCGCACUCUGGAAAUCGGCUCCUGCCUUAGCGUGCGGCAACAGCGUCAUCUUGAAACCUUCGGAGCUGACUCCACUGACUGCCCUCCGGAUCGCCGAGAUCUACUCUGAAGCUGGAGUGCCACCUGGAGUCUUCAAUGUCGUGCAUGGCGAUCACACGACAGGGUCGCUGCUCGCUGGGCACAAGGGAGUUCGAAAAGUUUCUUUGACAGGCUCGGUCCCGACUGGCAAGAAGAUCAUGGAAAGGGCAGCAACGACGCUGAAGACGAUCUCGCUGGAACUUGGAGGAAAGUCGCCGAUGAUAGUGUUCAACGACGCCAACAUUGACAACGCAGUCCGGGGAGCCAUGAUGGCGAACUUCUAUUGCCAGGGUGAGGUCUGCAGCAACGGCACAAGGCUGUUGGUGCAGGAGAGCAUCAAGGACGACUUCAUGCAUCGCUUCUGCGAGUUGACGAACAGGAUAAGGAUCGGGGAUCCCAUGAAAGAGUCGACACAGUUUGGAGCGCUCAUCACAGAAAAUCACAUGAAGAAGGUUGCUUUCCUUGCUAUCAGCCUCCAAGUCCCAGGGCUGCCAUCCUGUCCUCGACCGCAGCGUCGCUGCAACAGCAUCCGUAACGGUUUCUUCCUGGGCCCUGUCAUCUUUGAGAAGUGCACCAAGGAUUCGAGGCUUCUCAAGGAAGAAAUAUUCGGUCCUGUUGCUUGCGUUCAGACGUUCAAGACUGAGGAGGAGGCGAUCGAGAUGGCAAACGGGACUGACUUCGGACUUGCUGCUGCUGUUUUCACCAACGACAUCCAACGAGCACACAGGGUUGUGGAUCAGCUCGAUGCUGGAACCUGUUGGAUCAACGAGUAUAACCUUUCGCCUCCUGAACUUCCGUUUGGUGAGAAGUGA